AUGUACUGGAUUGGAGGUAUAUUCAAGGUCUUUGGUGAUACUGCACAACUCAUGGGUCCUAUCGUCCUUGGCAAAUCAUUCUCUGCACAGGAGCGUUCCGCUGCAAUCGUUGCAGGAACACCUGGCCCUAAUGUCGGUCGUGGGAUUGCCAUGGCCUUUGGGCUCUUUGAGCUCACUGUGAUGGCCAGCAUCUGCACCCACCAGGUUUGGGUCCUGGCCAGAGCCGCGCUGAUAACAUGUAUUUACGAGUGUGGAGUGAACCUGACGGGCAAAGCGCACAUUAAAAUCAACAACGCCACGCUCAGGUACUCGGUACAUAACCUUGGAGCUGCUAGGACACGCAAUGAUGCUAAAGAGUACACAGGAGCCAUAUGGAUUGUCAAAUAUUUCACAUACGAAGUUCCUUUCCUUCCAAGUAAGCACGAUGUCAAGGAAUAUCAACAACAUACUCACGAAAGUUGCUUAGGAAUCUUCUACCUUCGAAAAAAGGAACUGCAUGGUAUUCGAAGGAUUCUUCAUGUAACUUCGGGGAACUUGGCCCUCGCGGCCUCGAUGCCAGUCCUCGCUGCCACACUAGCUUUCGUCACAUACACCCUGACAGCACACAACUUCAAUGUUGCUGUCAUAUUCAGUUCGUUCAGUUUAUUCCAGCUUUUCUGGCAACCAAUGACGUUCAUGCCUCGCGCUCUAUCGGCUAUACCCGAUGCAUCCAACGCGAUUCAGUGGCUCGCACACGUGUUCCGCGUGGAACUUAUUUCCGAAGAUACACUCGUGACUGACAAGGACCAAGAACCCGCGCUUCUGACCAAGGACGCGACAUUUGAGUGGGAGUCGCAUGCAAAAGAUUCUGGUGAGGCUUUCAGCUCGAAGGGUGCACGCAGCGGUGGUCCACUGAGGGGCAAGGACAGAGGUGUGAAGGAGGACAUGGCAAAGGAAAAGGAAAAGCCCGCUCCUGGAAAGGAUACACCUAUUUUUCAGGUGAAGAAUGUGACCAUGACCAUUCCACGAGGUCAACUUGUCGCUGUAGUUAGGCCUGUCGGGAGUGGCAAGUCCAGUUUAUUGCAAGGACUGUUAGGUGAGAUGAGGAAGGUCUCCGGGCAUGUCUCAUUUGGUGGUUGCGUUGGUUAUUGUCCACAGACCGCGUGGAUUCAGAAUGCUACGUUGUGUGAUAAUAUCACUUUUGGCCAACCAUUCGAGAAGGAUAGAUAUUGGCGCAUUAUUGAAACUGCUUGUCUACUUCCAAACCUCCAACUGCUCCCAGAUGGGGAUUUAACUGAGAUUGAAGAAAAGGGAAUCAACCUCAGCGGAGGCCAAAAGCAGAGAGUAAACAUUGCUCGUGCUCUGUACUUUGAACCUGAAAUUGUUAUAUUUGAUGACCCGCUCUCGGCAGUCGAUGCUAAUGUUGGAAAGUCCUUAUUCCAAGAUGCUAUCGUGGGUGCCCUGCGAAAUCGUGGCGUUACUGUCAUUCUGGUCAUGCAUGUGAUCCAUUUCCUCUCUCAAGUAGAUUACAUCUAUACCCUGAACGGUGUUUUCACGGAGAGUGGGACCUAUGAGGAUCUGGUCUCUCGCGGUGGUGAUUUUGCACGUUUCGACCUAGAGUUCGGUGGCCAUGCCUCGGAGGGGGAAGAGGAAACCCAGGAAGAGGAAGUCAUUCCACAGACACGCAUUACCAUCGAGGAUGUGAAGUUGAAGUCAAAAAGAGCCAAAAAGCAGGCUACUGGGAGUGGUGAACUUGAAGGUCGCUUGAUCGUCAAAGAGAAGCAGUCGACAGGCUCUGUGUCCUGGAAAGUUAUCUUAUCCCGAAGAUGUUCCCCGCAUGGUCCCAGUAUGGCUAUGAUGGUGGUUCAUAUGCGAAUGGACCUAAUCUUGCUCAAAAUUACUUUCCCACUCAAAUUCAACCGACCAAACUCAUUCUAUCAGACGCUGUACGGCUGCCUAGGGGUUGCUCAAGCGAUCUUAGUAUGCUUGCUUGGUGCUGGAAUGGAUUUCAUUUCAUAUUAUGCAUCUCAAAGCCUGCACCACAAGUCCGUACGCAAUGUCUUUUAUGCGUCUAUGUCCUUUUUUGACACUACACCUAUGGGCCGAAUCCUGAGCAUUUUUGGCGAAGAUAUCGACGAAUCGACGAGAUUGCUUGUCAUCAUGCUGUCCAGCGUGGUUGGCUCUAUCGUCAUCAUUUCUGUCCUUGAACCGUACUUUGUUAUUGCUGUGUUCUUCAUUGCUAUCGGUUACGGCUUCUUUGCCGCCUUUUAUCGAGCUGGUGCUCGCGAAGUCAAGCGUCUGGACUCUAUGCUUCGCUCUCUUUUGUAUGCCCACUUUUCAGAGACCUUAACAGGACUGCCCACAAUCCGCAGCUACGGAGAAAUGAAGCGGAUUAUUGCUGCCAAUAGAUACUAUAUUGAUCUGGAGGACAGAGCUCUGUUACUCGUGGUCACGAACCAGAGAUGGCUUGCAAUAAGGUUGGACUUCAUGGGAGCCAUAUUAGUCUUCCUUGUAGGCGUUGCUCUUCUCGCGAUGAUCGACGUCUCCGGGAUAAACACCACUCAAAUAGGGUUGGUUUUGACGUAUACCACCUCGCUGUCGCAAAUGUGUAGUCUGGUAACCAGACAGACAGCAGAUGUUGAGAAUUACAUGAAUUCAGUGGAGCGACUGGUACAGUACGUCGCAGGCGAUAUGGUACCUCAAGAGGCUCCAUAUGAGAUCGAAGAACGAAGGCCCCCGGUGCAAUGGCCUGAACAUGGUGCCGUCGAAUUCAACGAUGUUAAGAUGGCUUACAGGCCGGGCCUUCCCAACGUAUUGAAGGGCAUCUCCAUCAAGAUUAGGGGAGGCGAAAAGAUAGGCGUCAUUGGAAGGACUGGUGCUGGCAAAUCUUCUUUGAUGCUUGCACUUGUCGAUAUAUCCACACUUGGUCUUAAAGAUCUCCGCUCCAAGAUUUCGAUUAUCCCACAAGAUGUCUGGACCAUACACUCCAACCUGGAUCCAUUCUCCCAACACAGUGACGCGGUGCUAUGGGAUGCACUGCAUCGAUCUUGUCUGCUUGAUUCUAGUACCACCUCGAAACUGUCAUAUUCUAGUGAUGGCGUCGGGAGCGAGCAAGCUCCCACCAACCGCUGCGACCUUGACAGUACUAUUGAGAGGGAGGGAGCGAAUCUCAGCAUUGGGGAGAGAUCUCUGCUCAGUCUGGCUCGUGUGUUGGUGAAAGACGACAGAGUCGUUGUGCUUGAUGAAGCCAUCUGGAUGCAUUACUAA